AUGUUUGAUCUCGAACGAUUCCCUCUAAAUUAUCAAAGAAUGAGCAGCAAAAGAAAAACAAACGACACGAGGCCAGUUACGAUCAGUCAAAAAUUUGAAGAUGACCUCAACGUGUUAGAGAUUGAGGAUUUAAAGGUUCAACCCAAAAAAGAAACUACCAAGAGAAGAUUUCCAGCCAAAAAACUCAGCAAAAGCCAAGUUGAUGUCCCCGACUUUUACCAUGUUUUCAACAGCAACAGCUUCUACAUGACAGUUCACAACUACUCUCACAAUUCCUCAGAAUCUCUCUUGUGGUUGGCCUCCAUUUCCCUCUGGUCUUUGGACACGAGUGAAACUCUGCAAGAACUGUUUUUAUACAUGGUGGAACAUUCUAGAAAGUUUAAAGUUUAUUACAGUAAAUGUCAAAAUAAAUAUUAUGCACUCAUUCAAAUCGCUGACUUGAUGGUUGGAGAGGUUGCUGUGGCUGCUGUUGCUGCUGCUGGUGGUGGUAGUGAAGCUGGCCUCACUGUUCCAAAAAGUUCUGCAAAUAAGAGAGUAAUGUGCUGCGCUAUAUUGUGUCAUGGAUUUUACUACUAUCCCUUCUUGUUAGCAAUCCUCAGGAGUGCUGUCUUCAUGAACUUUUACAUUUAUUUAUUACUAAAUCAUAAGUACAAAUUGCAUUUUUACAUGUGGAUUGCUAAAUCAUCGGCUUGA